UGAGAGGCCUCCAGCCCGUACAGGCCUACACGUAAUAACGACAUAAAAAGCGAAGUGAGGCAGGUUUUCAGCCACGCCACCAUCCUCCAUUUUUUUUCCUACUCAACUCUAGUCUCUUCAGAGCUGCCAGUCAACACAAAAGAAUCCACAGAAACCUGGAGAAACGCGUGAAGGGAAAUGGCGCAGAAGAGAUUCAUCGUUGAAGUUGAGAAAGCCAAGGAGGCCGAAGGAGAGAGGCCGUCAAGAGGUCCUGUUUAUCGGAGCCUCUUCGCAAAGGAUGGAUUUCCUCCGCCUGUUCCCGGCCUCGAUAACUGCUGGGAUAUUUUCCGAACUUCUGUCCAGAAAUAUCCGAAAAAUCCAAUGCUUGGUCACCGGGAAAUCGUGGAUGGGAAGCCCGGCAAGUACAAGUGGAAAACAUAUGAAGAAGUAUAUGAUCUGGUGAUAAAGAUUGGGAAUUCCCUCCGCAGCUGUGGCUAUGGGGAAGGUGUAAAAUGUGGAAUUUAUGGUGCCAAUUGUGCAGAGUGGAUUAUAAGCAUGGAGGCCAUCAAUGCUCACGGACUUUAUUGUGUUCCUUUGUAUGAUACCUUAGGUGCUGGCGCUGUAGAGUUUAUUAUAUGCCAUGCAGAGGUAUCUGUAUCAUUUGUAGAAGAAAAGAAAAUACCGGAGCUAUUGAAGACAUUUCCAAAUACAACAAAGUAUCUCAAGACGCUUGUGAGCUUUGGGAAGGUUACACCUGAACAAAAGCAAGAAGUUGAAAAGUUUGGGUUGGCAAUAUAUUCGUGGGAUGAAUUUUUGCAAGUGGGUCAAAAUCAAAGUUUUGAUCUUCCUGUGAAGAAAAAGAGUGACAUCUGUACAAUAAUGUACACUAGUGGAACUACUGGCGAUCCCAAGGGUGUGUUGAUAUCUAAUGAGAGUAUCCUUACUCUCUUAGCUGGGGUUAAGCGACUGUUGGAGUCUGUCAAGGAGGAAUUGAAUGACAAAGAUGUCUACUUGUCAUACCUUCCUCUUGCACAUAUCUUUGAUAGGGUCAUUGAAGAGCUAUUUAUAUGGCAUGGUGCCUCCAUUGGUUUCUGGCGUGGGGAUGUCAAAUUGUUAAUUGAAGACAUUGGGGAGCUAAAACCAACUAUUUUCUGUGCUGUUCCACGUGUGCUUGAUAGAGUGUACACAGGUUUGACACAAAAGGUUUCCGCUGGGGGCUUCCUGAAACAAGCAUUAUUCAACUUUGCUUACUCAUAUAAGUUGAACAACAUGAAGAAAGGGAGAAAGCAUGAAGAGGCAUCUCCACUUCUUGACAAAAUUGUGUUUGAUAAGGUGAAGCAAGGGUUGGGGGGUCAUGUACGCCUCAUUUUGUCUGGAGCAGCACCUCUAUCUCCACAUGUGGAGAGUUACUUAAAAGUGGUUACUUGUGCUCAUGUCAUACAAGGAUAUGGUCUGACUGAAACCUGUGCGGGAACCUUUGUCUCACUACCACAUGAAAUGGAUAUGGUCGGGACAGUGGGGCCACCCGUACCGAAUGUUGAUGUGUGCCUGGAAUCUGUUCCUGAUAUGGGAUAUGAUGCCCUUGGAAGCACACCAAGAGGAGAAAUUUGUGUUAGGGGAAAUACCUUGUUUUCAGGGUACUACAAACGGGAUGACCUCACUAAUGAGGUUCUGACCGAUGGAUGGUUCCAUACAG